UUUCCAACUCAACUAAAUUAUUCUCGCUACCAAUGAAAUGAAUGAAGGGAAAACCUUCACCAGAGAAAGAUGCACAAAAUUGAAGAGAAUUUAAAUUCUCGGCACUAUGCGACCAAUCGUAAUUUGAUCUGACUUAGCCUGAACCAAUUCAGUGCCAGUUAGAAAGCUGUUUAGUAGUCUCAACUUUCAAUUAAGCUCGAGACAUAAUACAAAGACUGUGAGGAAGAUUCGUUCCACACUGAACGCACACUCACACACAGAGGGUACGCAUUGUGCCACGCACUCAUUCUGCCAGGCCUCUGCCAGAACUCUGCCCUCCAUUGUGAAUGAUCUGAGCCAAUGGCGGAGCGUAAAUGGCAAUAGUUGCCGCUAAAUGGUUACUUAAUGGCUGAAGAGACACACAAACCACCCUCGAAUUGGCCAUCAGGGGUGAGCGUAGAAAACAACCCCCGAGACAGUGUCGAUGCCUAUAUAAGAUACGGAAAGCGGUCCAGCAGCCAGACAGUCUUGUUCAGUCGGCGAUCGUGUUCACUACCUCUGUCUAGGCCAAGAUCAAUACAGAAAAUGUCGCGCUCUUUUCUGAUGGAUUCUCUUCUCAGCGAUAUGCCGCCCUUGAGUAAGAAAAAGGAACCUUCCAGCUCCGCUAGUCAAGGAGCCAGUGCAGCAGCCGCCGCGGUGGCCGCUGCCGCCAUGAUGCCCAGCAUCCCCAUUCUGCCAUAUCCGGCCAGCUAUGUGGGAAGCUAUCUUUUCUCCCUGGGCAUCCAGCAACAGCAACAACAGCAGCAGGCGGCAAUGGCAGCUGCAGCUGCACUCCAGCAGCGUCCCCAUGACCAUACCCAUGCCGGGACCAGUUCCGGCUCGCUCUAUCAUCCUUAUGCCCAGCUCUUCGCCACCAAGAGGAAGUCAAGCGGGUUCAGUCAGUAUGAAAACUGCUAUCCAUCGCCUCCGCUCUCGGCCAACCCAAGCAGCAGCUCGCAGCAGAUGCCUCUUCACUCGCUAUAUGCAGGAGCUCCGGGACCGGCCUGCCCUCUGCCCCUCGCUGAACCAGGCAGCUUCUGUACAUCACCGUCGGCGUCUUCGUCGGCCUCACUGGAUUACACAAACAACUUUGAUGAUCAGCCCCAUGGGAAGCGCUUUAAGCACGAGUCUUCCUGCUCCCCCAACAGUUCUCCACUGAAGUCCUCGGCCGUGUCAUCGGACAUCACCCCACUCAUCAGCGACUAUGCCGAUUCAAGCAAACGGAUUCGAACCGCCUUCACCAGCACGCAGCUAUUGGAGCUCGAAAGGGAGUUUUCUCACAAUGCCUAUCUGUCCCGUCUACGUCGCAUCGAGAUCGCCAAUCGGCUGCGGCUCUCCGAAAAGCAGGUUAAGAUUUGGUUCCAGAAUCGUCGGGUAAAGCAGAAGAAAGGCGGCUCCGAGAGUCCCACAUUCAAUCUGUCCACCAACUCUGGCUGCAGUUCCCAGACCUCUCCCCACGCCAACGUGUGCGAGCUGAAGAUAGAAGCGUAAUGUUGGUAGUGAGUCGAUGUCAUCUUCCCGAAUGUACAGUAGAUAUAAGUUUUGUUG